AUGGCCACUCACAAUUCUCAAUUCCAAGAGGAAACAAGGAGCACUCUUAGGAACACAGGAGCUUCAAUAAAAAAUCUGGAGAUUCAAAUGAGUCAAAUUGCACAACAAAUGACCAAUACUCAACCACAGGGUGCUUUACCAAGUGCCACGGUUACGAAUCCUAGAGACAAUAAUCAUGUGAACGUUGUGACAACAAGGAGCAAUAAAUCGAAGGAAACACAUGAGAAAAACUCUGAAGAAGAAGAUAUGUUGAUUGAAGUAGAUGUGGAGAUUAAAGAAAAUGAGGUAGUGAGAAAAGAGGUCAUAGGCGAAGAAGGAGUAGUCAAAGAAAAAGUUGCUACACCUAAACCGGCGGUUAGACUUCCUUUUCCCACAAGAAAUAAGAAGAAAGAACAACAUGAGAAAAACUUCGAGAAGUUUUUAGAGAUGUUCAAGAAACUUGAGCUAAACAUUCCAUUCUUAGAGGCACUAUUGCAAAUGCCUACCUAUGCGAAGUUCAUGAAGGAUAUCAUUUCGAAGAAGCGAACAAUCGACAGUGACCCGAUUAUUCUAACUGAAACUUGUAGUGCUAUUUUGCAGGGAAUGAAGAUCCCAGUUAAAAAGAGAGAUCGAGGUUCAGUAACGAUUCCAUGCACAAUUGGUGAUAGAUCUUUCAAGAAAGCUUUGAUUGAUUUGGGGGCAAGUGUGAGUCUUAUGCCUUUAGCCAUUUACAAAAGAUUGGGAAUAGGUAAAGUACAAGAUACUCGUAUGACACUUCAGUUUGCUGACCAAUCCGUUAAAAGACCCUACGGAGUGGUAGAAGAUGUGUUGGUGAAAAUAGACAAGUUUGUGUUUUCGGUAGAUUUUGUUAUUCUAGAGAUGCCCGAAGAUGAAGAGAUACCAAUCAUUUUGGGAAGACCUUUUCUGGAAACCGGGAGAUGCUUGAUCGACAUAGAAGAGGAAAAGUCUUUGACAACACAGAAGCUACCUUUGGAAAGAGUCUUGAGUUUAUCAAUCUUCGAAGAGGAGGAAAUAAUUGAUGAAAAGGACAGUGAAGUUUUAGCCAUGAUGGAAACGUCAUUUGCCAAAACUUCUCGCCACAAUCGAUAG